CCUCAUUUCCACCUUCGCCGCCACCACCAACUCAACAUUCUCCCCUCCAACAUUAAACAUUUCGAUUUUUUCAAGCCAACAAUGUGAUAAUGUUGCGCACCGCUUCUUUUGGAGAAAUCCGCAACCUAAUCGGGCGUCUUUUCGUCCACGGCAUGCUCGGGCACCGGCACCGGACCCGCUACGACAACGACGGCGGCAUGAUCCUCGGACCAGUAUCGUACCUCGACUGUAUCGUCUUUUGCAUCUUGCUUGCGCCGCAGCUUAUUUGGAAUGUUGGUUUGGUACCGACCAUCAAGUGCGUGUUGGAAGCGCUGCCGUUUGUUUUGUUCAAACUCCCCAUCCAGUUCAUCUAUGAAAGAUGGCUCCUCUCUUAUGACAAGCCACCGUUUGUUCGGAACGCUUCGCCGUUUGAGGACUUUGUCAUCAGAUGUGUGCGGUACGCCUUUGCGAAUAUUCCGCCGAAUAUUGGACGGGUGUUUUUCUCCAAGGAAGUGGCGCUGCCGUUUUUGAGGUUCCGGAUGUUAAGGCAUGGGUAUUUGAGGAGUCCUGUGCAUUGGAGGGAACAUGUCACCGCGGAAUUCAGAGGCAUAUGGGUCAUGAAAGAUCCGCUGGCAACGCCGGAUUUUGUUUUGUAUUAUGCUCAUGGCGGCGGUUUCUCGAUGGGCUCGGCCUACUUCUACCUCGAGUUUCUUCUGAGCUGGGUAUCGGUGUUGUCUUCGUCCGGGUUCAAGAACCCCUCCAUCUUCGCGCUAGACUAUACACUCGUUCCUGAUGCUUCAUACCCUACUCAAAUCCGAGAGGCGAUCGAAGGAUACAGAUACGUUCUAAAGGUAGCACGCGAUCCAGCCAUCGUAUGCGUCAGUGGUGACUCAGCGGGCGCAACACUGAUUUUGAGCCUCUUGCUGCAUCUCAGCUGCAAGGACGCCAGAGCAAAGAGAUAUGGAGUUGGCCUGCCAAUGCCAGGUCUGGCCGUCUUGAUCUCACCAUGGACGACUCUUGUGUCCCCACGACACACCAACACGACAAGCGAUUAUCUAGACGCCGAGCAGCUGAGUACGUACGGAAAGCAGUUCUCCGGCAACAAAAUCUCGUGGAGUGAUCCGCUGGUAUCGCCAGGAUGCUGCCAUGACGCGGCGUGGUGGAGGCGGGCAAGCCCGUCGAAUGGCAUCUUCAUUACAUACGGGGAGGAGGAGGUAUUCUCACCUGAGAUUCACGAUCUGAUCGCGAGGCUCAACAAAGCAGGCUUGUGGGUUGGAAGCGAAGUUGAGCCAGGCGGCAUCCACGCGUGGCCGGUGGCAUCGCUGUUCCUCUCGACUGCCCGCGAAAAGAGGUUGAAGGGGGUGAAUGACAUUUUGCAUAGUCUAGCAGCUCCGUAAACAGAGCGAAGUUGGUCAUGAUGCCCGUUGUGAAUCGGCUGAUGCCGAAGCGAGGUUACAGAUCCGUUCGUCGUAGCGGAAGGCAGCGUCCAUAAUCAACUCAUCGCAUCCCAGUGAUGAAAUGAGAUGUGACCGGGGCCAGCCUCCGUCAUAAUCCAUGACCGACCGGAUCUUGUAGCUGUAUAGGUAGAAGAGGUUGAGGUUGAUGGCUUCGACGUUGUCAAGGUCGAGGGCGGCGAUGGACGAAAUGAAAAGAGUGAUGCAACCUGUGCCUGAAACGCACGGAUGAUUGUCGAAAGAGUGACCGAGACUUUUGCGAACUUGGAAAUC